UUAGUUCCGGGGGCUUCUAGUUCAUUUCCGCUUACGUCAACUUUCUUUUCUGUUUGGUCCUCCCUCGUAGCCAUCAUGAAGGUGGAACUGUGUAGUUUCAGCGGGUAUAAAAUAUACCCCGGGCAUGGCCGCCGAUACGCCAGGAUAGACGGAAAGGUGUUCCAGUUUUUGAAUGGCAGGUGUGAGUCUGCCUUCCUGGCAAAGAGGAAUCCCAGACAGAUCAACUGGACUGUGCUGUACAGACGCAAGCACAAGAAGGGCCAGUCUGAAGAGGUGACAAAGAAGCGUACACGCCGAGCUGUGAAGUUUCAGAGGGCUAUCACCGGAGCCUCCCUGGCAGAGAUCAUGGCCAAGAGGAACCAGAAGCCUGAAGUUCGCAAGGCUCAGAGGGAGCAGGCAAUCAGGGCUGCCAAGGAAGCAAAGAAGGCAAAACAGGCAGCUAAGAAACCUGCUGCCCCAAGUGCAAAGGCCUCUGCCAAGUCUGCACAGAAACCCAAGAUUGCAAAGCCCAUGAAGAUCAGCGCACCUCGUGUAGGUGGAAAACGCUAAAAUUGACCAGUUAUGGUUGUGAAUAAAAUUGUUUAAAUUGUA